UGUUGUGGUGUUUCGCUUCGCUAUCUAGCUGAACGUACUCAAAACAUAUCUGCAGAUUGAAAUGGAUCGACACAGGGUUCCGUACAGACAACAACACAAAGGGCGAACUAAUAACAGCAGAGGGGAAAUGUGCAGGCACUAUUUGGAUGGCAGGUGUCUAAAUGGUCAGAACUGCCAUCAUCUGCAUCGCCCAGCACAAAUAUGCUGGUACUUCCAGAAAGGUACCUGCUGGUUUGGAGACAGAUGCAGGAAUGCCCACAUUCCUGACCCUGAUAUGUCUGAACACCGGAGGGGCUCUGCACCCGCCCUAUUUGCUCGACCCAGGGGUGAUUGGACGACGUCCCCAAGACGAGGCUCGGAACCGUCACUGGUCAACUCCCAAACGUCCUUCGGCCACGGCAGGAGAGGAUCAGAACCUCUGGUGACUAACACAACCACACUAGAAAGAAGCUUUGAACGUCUGACCACACGAAUUGAAGAGGAGGAUGCGGACACUGAGAGAAUGGCCUUGUCCAGCCGCACAGAUUUGCACAGACCAUCGCCGAGCCAAGGUGUACCAGCAGUCAAUGGUGACACACAGGGCCCCUCAGAAGGAGUGAGUUCGACUGGUGCUGCUGCCGCUGCUGCUGCCGCUGCUGUGACCUCCCCGCGCCCCCACCACAACAACGCCGCAGCCUGGCAGCAGAGCAAGGACGUGGUGUGUGGCAUCUGCAUGGACAAGGUGUACGAGAAGAAAGACGCCCAGAGCAGGCGCUUCGGCAUCCUGCCCAACUGCAGCCACGCCUUCUGCAUUGAGUGCAUCGUCACCUGGAGGAAGACCAAAGAAUUCCAGGAAGAGGUCAUAAAGGCCUGUCCGCAGUGCAGAGUGAAGUCGUCUUUUUAUAUUCCUAACAGAUAUUGGGUUGAAAGUGGCAAACCAAAGGAAGACUUGAUUAAAUCCUUCAAGGAGAGAAGCGGCAAGUUAAAAUGCAAGUUCUUCUCCAGAGAUGGCAGCUGUCCCUUUGAGUCGGAGUGCAUCUACAGCCAUGAAGGCCGCCCCGGUCGACCCCGGAGACGGAUGGCACGGCUUUCCGUGGAUGACUUUGAGGACGGCUUUCAUAUUAUGGACUAUGUAAUCUCUCUCAUGAUGGGAUUCCACCACGACUCUGAUGAUGAUGACUAUGAUGACUUCCUAGAGACUCUGUUUUUGGAUGAAGAUGACUAUGAAGACUUUCUUUAGUUCCUAUUAAGCUGUAUCCUAAAAGUUGUAUUCUACAGUAGCGUUCCCUGUAUAAAAAUAAGAUUGUUCAAUCAACCUCACGUACUGAUAUGUGUCUAAACUAACGUGUUUUGUGUGUGUUUGUUGCCAUUGUUUUGGUGUCUCGAAAAAGGCCAAAUUUUAUACAUUUUAGGGCAGGUUUGUAUACCCUGAAGAGAAAAAAAUAAAAUUCACAUUUUGCACAAACUAUA